GUAUAUUGAUCCUUAACUCGUAAUACUUUGCCCUCCUACCUUAAUAUAGGCAUUAUAGAAACUAGAAAGGCUACAUCCUCUUUUCAAUAGAAAGAUGGUCAAAACAACCUUGGUUGAUAAAAAUGGUCUCAGGAAAGGUGCAUGGAGUAAAGAGGAAGAUGAUAAGUUGAGAGUUUAUGUUCAGAAAUAUGGCCACUGGAAUUGGCGACAACUUCCCAGGUUUGCUGGUUUAUCAAGGUGUGGCAAGAGUUGCAGAUUAAGAUGGAUGAACUAUCUCCGGCCGGACGUGAAGCGUGGUAAUUUCUCUGAGGAAGAGGAUAAUUUGAUCAUUCAAAUGCAUGAAGAACUUGGAAAUAAAUGGUCUAUCAUUGCUGGGAAAUUACCUGGGAGAACAGACAAUGAGAUUAAAAAUCAUUGGCACACCAACUUGAGCAAGAGAGUGAAGCAAAGCCAAUCAGUUUCUUCUGAGUUGGUGAAUAAAGAGCAAUCAAGUGAAACUUCACAGUCUGAAGAUGGUCAAGCAGAAAAGUCCGAAACUGAAAGUGUUUCUGUCAAUACUCCAUCAGAACCUGAUCGUCACCCGAAAAUUGUAGAGAACAUUCCUUCACCUCAAGAAAUAUCAUGCAGUGAGUUAUCCUCCAUGAAUAAUGAUUAUGUGUCAGGCAUGAAUGGUGCUGCAGAUAGUUUCUCUCCAAUAGAAAUAUUUCAAGAUUCAGGUUUCUGGAACCAGCCAUUUUUAGCCGACAACAAUGACAGCCAAGAUGGUUAUCAUUCAUUGUUAUUCACGGAAGAAGUAUACAUGCCAUCCUAUCCAUUCAACUAUGACGAUGAUAGUAUGGAUUGGAUCCAGCAAAUGAUGCAGGAACUGCAAGAGAGUAAUUAAAUAAAAAUGGUGCUUUUUUCCAUGUCUAGAAUCUACAGUUGUUUGAACUUCAUCUCAUGAUCAGAUUUGUGGUAGAAC